UGUUAGAAAUGUUGGGCUGAACUUCCUCCAGCUCCUCCGAUGUUUCUGAAGGACUUUCAGUCUCCACUCAGCUGCAGACUAGAAGAUACCUGAUAACCCGAAAAAACGGAGACUGCUCUUUAAAAUUCGGUGCUAGCAAAAUAUUAAAAUAUUAAAGUCUACUGAGUUAAAAUAAUAUUAUUAUUCUUAAAUAAUAGAAUUUAGACUAUCGGAAGUGAAAGGGACUGCUGACGCUGAAAGAGGAUUUAGGGAUAUUGCUGUUUAACCAAAGGUCUGAGCGUAUGUGUUUGUGCUCUGUCAGUAUCUCAGUCAUGUUCUCCUACUUCUCUCUCCUGCUGCUGCUGAGUGUGUUCAGCUUGGCCUCACUCUCACUGGCACUGCCCUUUGAGCAGAGAGGCUUCUGGGACUUUGCGAUGGACGGCGAUGGGGAUGGUCUGACAGUUAUGAUGAGGGAUGAGGAAGACGGCUCGGCUGUGCUACCCACAGAUCUGCCACCUAUUGAGAUUCCUAUGUGUCCAUUUGGGUGCCAAUGUCAUCUAAAAGUGGUACAAUGCUCUGACCUGGGUUUGGUGGCGGUCCCUAAAAACAUCCCCACUGACACCAAGCUGCUAGACCUGCAGAACAACCACAUUACAGAGCUGAAGGAGAAUGACUUCAAAGGUCUCAGUAACCUCUAUGCUUUGUCACUUGUCAACAAUCAGAUCUCUAAAGUUCAUCCGAGGGCCUUCACACCACUAAAGCACCUACAGAAGCUUUAUUUUUCCAAAAACCUGCUGACAGCCGUGCCCAAAAACCUGCCCCCCUCGCUGGUGGAGUUGCGAAUCCAUGACAAUCGCAUUAGGAAGGUGUCUGCGGGCACCUUCUCCCGUCUUGGCAGCAUGAACUGCAUAGAGAUGGGUGGGAACCCCAUUCAGAACAGUGGCUUUGAGCCCGGAGCUUUCAAUGGUCUCAAACUCAGCUACCUGCGCAUCUCAGAAGCCAAGCUCACUGGCGUGCCUAAAGAGCUCCCUGACAGCCUCCAUGAGCUCCAUUUGGACCAUAACCAGAUCCAAGCAAUUGAGCUGGAAGACCUGAGGCGCUACAAACAACUGUAUAGACUGGGCCUGGGUUUUAACAACAUUCUCCAUAUUGAGAGCGGGAGUCUGUCCUACUUGCCAAACCUGAGAGAACUGCAUUUAGAAAACAACCAGCUGACCCGUGUCCCCAAGGGCCUGGCUGACAUGAAGUAUCUGCAGGUGGUGUACCUCCAUUCCAACAACAUCACCCAGGUCAACGUGGAUGACUUCUGCCCUCGAAGCUACCACAUGAAGAAGAGUUUCUACAACGGCAUUAGUCUUUAUGGAAAUCCUGUCCAGUACUGGGAAGUGCAGCCUGCAACUUUCCGCUGUAUUACUGACCGCCUGGCUAUCCAUUUUGGAAACUACAAAAAAUAGGUGCACGCAGAGGCAGAGAGAAGAAAGAAGGAGUGAUGGAUAUUGAACAAUAUAAAAAUAAAACUGAAGAGAGGAAAGGACAUCAGAAUCCUAGGGAAGGAGAUAAAAUGAACAGUGGGGUUAGAUUAGAGUGGCCUUGAUGUAGAAGGAGCUUAAAAGCAUUUUUUUUUUAAAUAAGGGGCUUGUCAUGGUUCAAAUGUACAGCCUGAGAGCACAGCCUGGCUACAUGCUAGGAUAUAUUCACUCAAACAUUCACCGAGCUGGCAUACAAAAAGUUUAGUUCAGUUUUUAUAAUAACCGUUAUUGUUCACCAAUAUGCUGUAGUAGUAAUUCCUAUGUGUCAUUAUUAUUAUUAUUAUUAUUUUUAUUAUUAUUAAUAUUAUUAUUGUUAUUAUUAUUAUUAUUUGAACAGAGAAAUUAAGUAUAGAUUUUAAUGAUACGGUGCUCUUUAUGUGUAGAUUUGCCUAUAUGAGUGUCUUUACUGAGUCACUGUCUUGCUUCUUGUACUUCCGGCAUCUCUUGCUGAGGGGGUGUAGUAAACGUAUACUGUAUAUGUUAGAAAACUACUUGUCCUAUGCUUUACAAUGCAGUUUGUCACAAUCCCCAGGCCUCAUAUGUCCAUUCAGUGUCUUUACUGAGCCUGGAGCUGAUCUAUGCUAAUGUACUGUUUUGCACAUUGCCUCAUCGUGUUCCAGAUAGAGGUUCAGGAUGGGUUGAGCCUGUCCAUGCUUGUACUCUGCUCAUCUGCUGCAUUUUGAGAAUAAAAUAAAAUUCUUUAUGACUUGAUAAUGG